AUGGCGCGCUACCGCUCAUGUCGAGCGUGGUCAGUGCUGGCUGUCAUGUUGCUGGCGACCACGAGCACGACUGCGAUCGGCCUCGAGUCAUCAUCGCCGCGGUGGUUGGCACCACACAGCCCCACCGGGGAUCAUCUGGCUGAUCCCCUGCGCGUGAGCCCGUCCACCCAACUGCAGCGCCUGCAGCGCACCUGGGCUGCAGCACAGAUGCGCCAAAGCAACAGCAGUGAUCUUGAUAUUCUUCGCGCCCGGCUGGUCGCCUCUCUUCAAGUUUCUGCUCAUCAAUUCAAAUCCGCCGACUCCCAGGCUCAGACAUACCUGGGCCUCCUUCAGCCCAACUGUACAUUUGCCAACAUCGACUACAAUGAUCAAUCAUCAGCAGAGUGGUCACCCGGCUCCCACAUGCGCCAGGUCCAGUUGAUGGCGGCCGUGUAUAGCACCCCCGGUACCAUUCAUCACAAGAAUGGCACCCUCCUCAAUGGCACUCUUUGCGCCACCGAACAGUGGAUUCAGAUGGAUCUCAUCUGCCCCAACUGGUGGUGGAACGAUAUAGCCGUUCCCCAGGCCUUGGCGGCAAGUUAUCUUCUGCUCGGGACCAAGCUUGUUAGUCCGACCCUAUUUAAUAACGGCAGCGUUAUCCUCGAUCGCGCUCAGUGGUGGACCAUGACGGCUGCCAACCUCGUGUGGGAGGCCAACGUUCAGAUCAUGCGCUACACCUUUAGCAGCAACACCACGGGCGUGGCUCAAGCUUAUGAGGGCAUUUACACCGAGACUGACCGCGUGGACCUGCCGUUGGAGGGUAUUCAGUACGACGGCUCCUUCCACCAGCACAUGGCCGAACUUCUCUCUGGCAGCUAUGGGGCAGACUUCACUGCUACCAUCCUGGACGUCAUCACUCAAGCCCGGGGCACCAGCUUCUACAUCCACCCCGAGCAAAUGAGUAAUUUCACCAGCCUCAUGCUUGACGGCGAGGCCUGGAUGUCUGUCGGCACGAGUGAGGCCUGGGACAUCUCCGUCACUGGUCGUGGUAUCACCCGGCCCCCCGGCUGGGGGCACGUCGACUUGAGCGUUGAUGAGCUGGUCGAGCUCAUCUCCCCACGCCACGCGGAGCUAGAUGCCUUUGCCUUACGCUUGGCCCGCAACAACUCCGCCAAGCCCCUUUAUGGACAUCGCCACUUUUACGACAGCGACUACACCAUCAUGCGUGGCGAUGGCUUUCAGUACAGCAUCCGCAUGUACUCGGCUCGCACAGUCAACGCCCGCUGUGUGAAUGACGAGGGCAAGCAGAGCCAGUUUACGGCCAAUGGCAUGGUGGCCCUCUACUACACCGGCUACGAUUACGACAGCAUCUUUCCAACCUGGAACUGGCAGCAAUUGCCCGGAACCCUCCUCGACCAGCUGCCGACAGCCCCCAGCUGCGGCACGACCACAUGGCAGACGAACACGGAAGAGGUUGGUGGAGUCAGCAACGGCAAAUUGGGCGCCGCUUUCAUGGCCCAGCAUCAGUUUCGACCCAUGUCCUGCGUGCGCAGCUGGGGCAUGUUCCCAGAUGCCCUGAUCGCCACCGCCCAUAGCAUCACUGCCCCCGACGACAUUGCGUCUGUUUUCACCCUCGCCGAUCGCCGUGCCGCGAGCACCGUCACCAUAGCUCUGCACAAUGGUACCCACCUCACCCUCGCCGCAGACCAACUGAUCAGUCUUCCCGCCGCUGAAGUUGCUUGGGUGCACCAUGACAACACCCUCUACGCACUCAGCAACGAGCUCGGGCCGGUGCACGGCACCCUCGCCAUUUUUUGCGGCAAUUCAACCGGCAACUGGAUCGACAUUGGUGUCACAAAUCGCACCGAAACGGUCGACCGCUUUUUCGCCAAGUGGCAACUGCCCACCCCCACGCCGCACAGCGCUGGCUAUCUCAUGGUUCCUGCCGUGAGCUUGAACCAAGCGCAAACCAAGCUCGAUGCCUUGAUGAAGGCGUUUGACAUUUCCAUUGACAAUCAAGGUGCUGCCUAUAGUCGGGAGACUACGACGCUUGCUACCCUGUCGCAUGGGGGUCUCCUCGCCAUCCGAGACACCGUUUUGGGCUGUGAUAAAAGUUGUGCCUUGCUCGUCGAGAGCCCAACCAACGCCACCGACUACAACGUUACCGUCAGCGCGCCCGCAGCCUCUUCGCUGACAGUCACCCUUCCCCACCCGGCCACCUCAUGCGAUAACUGCCGCCUGACCGGCGGUGUGACGUGUGUCUUUGCCACUCCAGCCGGUAAUCAUAUGGGCCAGAGUGUGAUGGCAACCUGCCAGCGGCGCCGCACAUAGCCUGGGUCCCUCCGCGUUAGAAGACCAAACAGUCUGAUAGUCUUGAUCGUUUCAUGUCUGUAGACCAAAGAGCCGCGAUACCUCAAAUUGGAUACAAUUC